GAGAAGUGGGGUCGUGUUUGGUCUCCUCUCUUCUGCUACGAAUCUGCAUUCUUUGGGUUGUUUUGAUACAAUAGAAAAAAAGAAAAAAAAAAAAAAAAUAUAUAUAUAUAUAUAUAUAUAGCAAGUUCUACCGAAGAAGAAGCGAUCAGAGGUUUUUCGUGAAUUUUUUAUUCGAAAUUUCGUCAGACGCUCGAGUUCUUCCGGAGCAGGUCAUUAUGGCUACUGUAAAGAACCUGAAGAUUAAGACGGCAACAUGCAAACGAAUUAUCAAGGAGUUGCAUUCUUAUGAGAAGGAGGUCGAGAUAGAAGCUGCCAAAACAGCUGACAUGAAAGAAAAAGGGGCUGACCCUUAUGACCUUAAACAACAGGAAAAUGUGCUGGCUGAAUCAAGGAUGAUGGUUCCCGAUUGUCACAAGCGUUUGGAGUCCGCCUUAGUUGAUUUGAAAGGAGCAUUGGCCGAACUGGAAAAAUCGACACAAGAGAAAGGCCCAGAGUUCAAUGACGCUCGGAGUACAAUCACCGAGAUCGAAAGUUUCCUUCAGACAACAGAGGAAUAGUAGUGAGUUUGACACUAUCUUAAUUGAUGCCUGAUUGCUUGUAGAACUAAUUAAUCAAACUAUUGCUUUGCAAUACUAGUGCUGAAUGUUUGGCUUUUGGAUUCUAAGUUCAUACUUUGGAAAGAGAGUUUCAUCUUCUGCUAUUCACUACUAUCAUCAAGUGUAAGACUAAACUCGUCUGCUGGGUAUUGUAUUUGAAAAUAUUUUGAUGGUGUUUGCCCAAAUUUAAAGUAAAGGAUCUCUAAAUA